AUGGGGAUUAGCAAAGGCGCCUUUCUCUUUCUUUUCUUGCUCAGCUCAGUGAAAGGAGAUAUUCUGGAUGACUAUUUAAGAACAGAUGGUGUUUGGAUACUUACUCGAAAUAAACAGUUUUACAAGACAAACAAUGAAAAAGAAUGUGCAGAGAAAUGUGAAGCAGAAAGAAAUUUUAAUUGCAGGGCCUUCCUAUUCACCAGGAAAAAGCUACAGUGUUUAACACUGGCUGAAAAUGCCAAAAUGACAGUCAUGUUCAACAGCACGGAUGCAGUUCUUUAUGAGAAGAAAAUUUACCUUCUACAAUGUAGAAGAGGGAUUGGGAAGGACUACAGAGGAAUGGAAGCCAAAACUUGGAGGGGUAUUCCAUGCCAGAAGUGGGCAGAAAAAACACCCCACAACCCAAAAUAUACACCUGAAAAACACCCCAAUGCAGGGUUGGAUGAAAACUACUGCAGAAAUCCUGAUGGGGAUGAAAGAGGACCCUGGUGUUACACAACAGAUCCUGCUACCAGAUUUGAUUACUGUAACAUCCCAGAGUGUGAGGGCCAGGUCAUGCACACUGGAGAAGGCCAAGGCCCUACAGUGGAGUGCAUGCAGUGUAAUGGUGAAGACUACCAUGGAGAAGUUUCCAGAACAGAGUCUGGGCUUGAGUGCCAGCGCUGGGAUACCCAAGAGCCUCAUAUGCAUGGAUUUACCCCGAAACAUUUUCCAGAGAAAGAUCUGAAGAUGAAUUAUUGCCGUAAUCCUGAUGGCGAACUUCGGCCCUGGUGUUUCACUACUAGCCCUACUAAACGCUGGGAAUAUUGCAACAUUCCUCGUUGCACUAUGCACCCACCAGUCUCUGGCCUGGGCUCCCAGUGUCUUUCAGGGAAAGGAGAAGACUAUCGAGGCAGGAUAGCCGUCACCAAAUCGGGAAAUGCCUGUCAACACUGGAACACGCAGUUUCCUCACAGACAUGGCUGGAUUCCUGACAGAUAUCCCUGCAAGGGCUUAGAGGAAAACUACUGUAGAAACCCUGAUGGAGAGAAAAGGCCCUGGUGCUACACCAUCAACAGCAGUGUUCGGUGGGAAUAUUGUGCAAUUCCCCACUGUGAUGGGACAGAACAAGGAGUUGCUGAUGUGCCUAUGGAAGUUCCCCUGCCAGAGGAGUGCUACCGAGGCAAAGGUCAGAGUUAUCGUGGCACAACUUCCACCACUGCAUCGGGAAAAAAAUGCCAGGCCUGGAACUCCAUGUUCCCACACAGGCAUGAAAAAACCCCGGACAGAUUCCCAAAUGCGGAUUUGAGGGACAACUAUUGUAGAAACCCAGACGGUGAUAACAGCCCAUGGUGUUUCACCACUGACCCCAGCGUGACAUGGGAGUACUGCAGUCUCAAGAGGUGUGAUGAUCAUACACAAGAGCCCGCACCAAAUGACUCCCCUGCAACAACGGCACAAAAUGUUGGCCUGACUACACCCACCACAUCUGACUGCAUUAAUGGUAAUGGUAAAGACUAUCGUGGCACCAUAGCAAAAACUGGAAGGGGCAGGACUUGUCAAGAGUGGAGUUCUCAGAAACCUCAUAGCCACAAAUAUUUCACUCCUGUGACUCAUCCAAGAGCAGGCCUGGAUAAAAAUUAUUGCAGGAAUCCUGAUGGAGAUGUAAAUGGUGUUUGGUGCUUCACAACAGACCCAGAAAAAAAAUGGGAGUACUGUGAAAUUCCACGCUGCUCUUCUUCUGAGCAUGACUGUGGAAAAGUCCUAAUGAGGAGUGAGCGAGCCUGUGAGCAAUAUAGCAUGUGCAGCGCAUCUCCAGGGUCUUGGCCUUGGCACGUCAGUCUCAGGAUGAGUACCAACAUGCACCAUUGUGCUGGCACUCUGAUACAUCCACAGUGGGUCCUUACUGCUGCUCAGUGCUUGCAAGAGUCAACAGAGCCUUCUUCCUACAGGGUGUUUCUUGGGAUACAGAAUCUCAAUGCAGCAGAGUCAUCCCUGCAAAUCCAAAGUGUUCAGAAAGUAUUAAAGGAACCAAGUGGAGCAGACAUUGCUUUGCUGAAGUUGAACAGUCCUGUAACAAUUACUGACCGUGUAAAACCAGUUUGUUUGCCUGAAACCAGUCUGAUGGUGGAAAGAAACGCAGUAUGUUUUCUAACUGCCUGGGGAAAAACAAGAGGUACCGAUACAGACAACAGAUUAAAAGAUGUUGAAUUCCCCGUGCUUGAAAAUAGAAUAUGUAAUCGCCCUGAAUUUCUGAAUGGAAGUGUCAAAAAUCAUGAAUUUUGUGGUGGAUUCACUUUUGGAAGCAUAGAUAACUGCGAGGCUGAAGUUGGAGGACCUCUGGUCUGCAAAGAUAAGGACAGAUUUGUCCAAUAUGGAGUCACCUCUUGGGGACUGGACUGUACCCAGCCAUCAAAGCCUGUUUUUGUCCAAAUUCCUAGUUUUGUUUCUUGGAUCAAGAAUGCAAUGGUUGCCCACUGA